AUGAAAGUGAUAUGCAUGGACCUGACGUCGGAAGGAUCGAGGGAUAUCAACUAUUUUAUACAUCAAUAUGGUAUCUCCUCCUCCCCGGACCUCAUAAGGCUACCCGUCAAAGUUCAACACUUCAUCCGGCUAACGCUACCGCUUGAUUGCCAGAGAGCCUGCCCAGACUAUGGCCCAACCAGCCGCAUUGGGCAUCCGAGGCGUCCAAACUGGGAAGCCGUCACGAUUCUUUUCCCUUCUGAUCGUGUCGAUUCUGGACGCUUAUCUCGGCCCACCCCGAAAGCUCAAAACUUCCAGAACCGCAUAUUCGGCCAGUUUGGUCCGUCGGGCCCGCCUGGUUUAAGGUUUCUCUUGGCACAUGCCCAGGAAUCUAUCUACAAGAACGUGGCCGAAGAGGGUUGCACUGCAGUUGCCGACCAACAAGAGAGACCCAUGGGAGAGGAAACAAGGUAA